AGCUCAAUAAUCUUUUUCUUUAUACUGUCUUUCCUUAUAUUAUAUCAUAUAUGUUGAAAACUAACUACUUAAUUUAAUUCUUUAAUUCGUGAACAAAAAAAUGGAGAAACAAUUAUGUGCUAUGCUAAUUAAUAUUAUUCUUGUGCUUUUUCCAGCGUUUUGUAGUAGUGCCUCUAAUAAUGCUACGUUUACAGCUUCAAGAGCCACCUAUUUUAGCAGUCCAGAUGGCUAUGGGAGUCGAAGUGGAGCUUGUGGAUUUGGCGAUUAUGGAAGGGCCAUCAAUAAUGGCUAUGUCUCAGGAGUUUCUAGGGCACUCUACAAGGACGGAGCUGGCUGUGGUGCAUGUUAUAAGGUUAGGUGCAAAAACCCUCAACUUUGCAACUAUGAUGGGGUCAAUAUAGUAGUGAGUGAUUAUGGAGAAGGAGAUAGAACUGACUUCAUUAUGAGCCCACGAGCUUUUUCAAAGUUAGCUAUUCCAAAGUCAGAGAAGAAGUUGACGAGCUAUGGUGUUGUUGAAGUUGAAUACAAAAGGAUCUCUUGCAAGUACCAAGGCCGCAUUAUUAAUAAUAAUAUUAGUGUCAUAACCUACAAGAUAAAUGAACACAGCAAUUAUCCUUACUACUUAGCUUUAACUCUUUUAUAUGUUACUGGCCAAAACGACAUCGCAAGAGUUGAAUUGUGGCAUAAGGACACCAAAAAAUGGAAGGCCAUGCGUAGAGCAUUUGGAGCAGUUUGGGAUAUGGCAAAUCCACCAAGUGGGCCCAUUACAUUGAGGUUUCAAGCUACAACCAAUUUAGGCUAUACUUAUUGGAUUCAUUCUACCAAUGCUAUACCAAAGCUUUGGAAGGCUGGGGCUGCUUAUCACGCCAAUGUUAAGCUCAUCAUCACUAAUUAAUAAAAUUAAAAUCACAUUAGAUUAAUGCAUAUUAAAGUCAUAUAAAAAAAUGCAUAUAUAUUAAAUUGUGUUUAAUUAUUUAUUGUGUGUUGUUAGCUCCUUCCAUUUUAUCGCUUAAAAAUGAAUAUCGGUUGGCCUGGCUUUUAUUUUUGUACAAUAAAGAUACAUCAUCAAUAAAUAUUUAUUCCUUU